GAGGCAGAGAGGAGAAAGAGACAGAGGUGACCGGACUGAGCUUAAGAAGUAGUGCGGUUACAAUGAUGGUGAUGAUGCGCAGAUAGAGGAGAGGCGCAAAGGGAAUCCACCGCAGGAUCCGUGCGCCUUCUCCAGGUUUCGAGGGGUCCGGUGGGGGCGCUCAGAAAGCGCGAGAGAGAUUUAACGACAGUGAAACAUAGCCUACAGCCCGAAACGACGUGCCAUGGAGGAGCUAUACGAGAUGGACUGCACGGUGCUGAAGCGGCUCCUGAAGGACGACAGUGCCAAGUGCCUGCUGCUGGACUGUCGCUCAUUCCUCGCCUACAGUGCGGGACACAUACGGGGCGCCGUCAACGCCCGCUGCAACACUAUUGUCCGCCGCAGAGCAAAGGGAGCCGUGCUGAGCCUGGACCAAAUACUGGCCGGGGAUGAAGAGGUCAGGGUCCGUCUUCGUUCCGGGAUGUACUCCGCCGCAGUGCUGUACGACGAGAGGACGCCGGACUCGGAGACGGUGAAGGAGGACAGCACCUUAACGCUGGUGCUCCACGCGCUGUGCAGGGACUCCUCCGGCAUGCGCAUAUACCUGCUCAAAGGGGGAUAUGACAGAUUUUUCACAGAGUAUCCAGAGUUUUGUUUAAAGGCCAAAUCCUUACCAUCCCUCACCAGCCAGUCGAGCAUCGACUCUGCUUGCUCGUCCUGUGGAACGCCGCACAACGACCAGGGCGGCCCGGUUGAGAUCCUCCCUUUCCUUUACCUCGGCAGCGCCCUUCAUGCCUCAAAGAAGGAGGUUUUGGACAGCAUAGGGAUCUCUGCCUUGCUGAACGUGUCGGCUGACUGUCCCAACCACUUCGAGGGGGCUUACCAGUACAAAUGUAUCCCUGUGGAGGACAACCACAAGGAAGACAUCAGCUCCUGGUUCCUGGAGGCUAUCGAGUUCAUAGAUUCAGUACGGGACUCAAGCGGGCGAGUGCUGGUGCACUGUCAAGCAGGAAUCUCCCGCUCUGCCACCAUCUGCCUGGCCUACCUGAUGAAGAGGAAGCGGGUACGUUUAGACGAAGCAUUCGAGUUUGUACGGCGGCGCCGCAGCAUCAUCUCCCCCAAUUUCAGCUUCAUGGGCCAACUCCUGCAGUUCGAGUCGCAGCUCCUCGCCACCUCGUGUGCCGCCGAAGCGGCCGCCACGGCAAGCCCGCUGCUUGGACCCAAGACUACGACGACCGCCGCCUCAACGGCAGUCACGCCCACCUCUCCGUUCAUUUUCAACUUCCCGGUUUCUGUUGUGAACCCUGCCUACCUGCACCACAGCCCCAUCACAACCUCCCCUGGCUGCUGAUAGACAGCCAAUUAAAGCCUUCACUCAAUACGAAGUGAGCACAGACUGGGCUGCCAUUGGAUGGAGAGAGCUGUCAGUCUUACUGACCACUGCAGUAUGCUUCAGAGCGCGGAGGUGAGAAGCGUCAUGGUGCCUGAUUCAGAACUCAGAGAGUGAAAACGGUUUUUACGGUUUAAAAACCAGCCAACGCUCCUUUCAUUUCGACACGACGUUUAUUCCACUCGACCAAAAAUGAACUGGUUUUUGUGUUCAGAUGGAGUGUUGGACUGAUGUUUACUCGAGAUACAAACUCUUCCUUGGAAAAAACUAAUAAACAAACAAACAAACAAAAAAAAAAUCACGUCGACAGAGGCACAAUGACACACAAACCCUGACACAGAGAGGCAUGAACAGCAGCAAAACUGUCUUUCUCUCUCUUUUUCUGCCUCUCUCUCUGUCUCUCCCACACACACACGCACACGCACGUACACGCACGCACAUUCAUGACUGCCAACUGAAUAAGCUCAGUAUGAAGACAGGGUCUGUUGCCAUGGAGAUGACAGGUCUUUAGGAGAGGAGAUGGACACAGGAAGGAAGGAAGAAUUUUAAGCACUCGCUCUUUCCCACUUUGGGUGUCCCUCCUCCUGCCAGACAAAAGAGAUAGAUGAAAAAAACCGAGGGGAGGAGACGGUGAUAGAAAGCAGGAGCCUCUUUAGUGACAGGUGCUCUGCCGGCCUUCCGACCGGAGCUUCCUGUCUUUCAUACGUCCUCUUCCUCUCUCUGUCACCCCCCACACACACACACACACCUUCCUCUCCUUUCCUUUUCAUCCUUUUUUAUUGCCCGCUCCUUCCAUCCUUCUGCUCUCUCAUCUCUGCCUCUUCUGUCUGCCCUUUAACACUGGAGAGGCUAAAUAAAAAUAAUAAGAUGCCAAAUAAAUUAAAGGUCAGGGCCUAUGUAAAUGGACUGGGGAAACCCCUCCACAGGCCCCAGAUACACACUUUUUUGGGACAUUUUGUGGCAACAUCUUCCAAAUUUCGUAGAGUCAACUCUAAGAGGGCAGAUUUUAGAGCACAGUGGCUUUGGAAGACACCCACUUAAAGGGCCAUGCUGGUGGUUUUGUAUUUUUAAUCCAAUCAUUAGUUGUGAAUUUUUUACUCUUAAUAAUUUUCCAAAGCAUACUUAAGGCAUUGACUUCAAAUCUUCUUAGCAUUUUUCUAUAGCACACUGAAAUGAAUAGGGAAGUUGUCAUUUGUUUAUAUACAAUGGGCUAAAAUGUGCAUCAGCACCAAAUGGCCCUUUGAGGUGUUUGUGCCUUGUAUCCCAUGGAUUUGCCAGUGGAGCAUUGUUUUGUGUUAAUGGAUUGCCGAAUGUUGUCAUUUCAGCACUUUUAUGCCACAACGUUGAAAGAGCAAAACCGUCUCUGUUCGUCCUUUGCCAGACUCAAAACAAACACACACAUGAAAAUACAGAAGUAGGUUUACAUCUGCAGAUCUCCAGUAAAGGAGUUGGUUAGAGUUCCCAAGCCACAAAAACAUGCAGACAGCCAAUACUUGAAUGGACAUUUAGACAAUGGGAGAAUUUUUAAAGCGAGGACAUUAAAACACGGGUGCUUUUUAACUCACAAUCGGAGUUCCUCAUGAGUAGAGUCCAGGUUAAAAAAGAAUCAAAGUCACUGAUUCAGUUUGAUAUAUUUUUUUUAAAUUAACAUAGAAUGAAGUAAUGGAGGCAAAAGCAAUCAGUGAUGUCAUAAUCCACAAAUGAGAAGGUGUGCUUAACAUACAGCUGGUCCAACAUAACCAUCACUGUAAUGCAAUACUUAAAAUCCAUCCAAGAAUAACUAUAGUAGUGACCUUUUUUGGAUGUCACACUACAACAUAAUUUUAGAUCUUUAUAAUAUCACAAUUUGAAAUAAUGUUUGUAUUAUGUAUACUUCUGACCAGGCUGAGCUCUACACUGUGCUAGACAUGCAAAGGCAAAAAAAAAAAAAAAAAAAAAUCCAACCACAGUUACUGUUGAUGAUCCUGAUGAUUUUAACCUGUCCUGACACACACACACACACACACACACACACACACACACACACACACACACACACACACACACACACA